AGUAACAUCUAAAUAGACCCAUUAGUGAGGAAUGGGAUUGAGCCCGCAUUUCUAGUGUUGCAGCUGUAUCUCUUCUUUAGUUUCAUCUUCCAAAUUGUUUUUAUCUUUUUCUUUUCUUUUUCGACAGAUCAAAGCCGAAUCUAUCAUCAACCCAGACAAGUAUUUUGCUCAAAUCAUUCAGAGCAAUGGUGCGCAAGCGUUUUCAAGAAGCCAAAACAGGCUUUGAAUAUUUCAAAUCGGUGAAUUACGACAAGUACUUCAGAAAAAUAGGACUGGGAAGAGAAGACUGGCAUUUCUGGAAGCAAGUGGGGAAGGCUCUGUUGUGUACCUACACGCUGUUUGGUGCUGCUUGGGUCUACAAUGAAACAUCACCACUUGGUUGGUGGACUUUAAAGCCAAGGCCAAAAGAGGAGAGAGAGCUAGCUCACUUGUACGAGAGGCGUGAAUUCCCAUAUCCAGGUGAUACAGAAGCAAUGGAAGAGUUUAUUGCAAAGGGAGGAAUGAUUGGUACGACAAUUGGGCCAAAAGGGACUCUGGAAAAUGAUAAAGAUCCGUUUAAUUAUCAGAAGGAUUUGCAGAACAAGAAGUUUGAACAAGAAGCACAGAAGUUGUGGAUUAGAAUGAGAAAUGAGGUUAUUCAAGAACUUCAAGAGAAAGGGUUUGAUGUGGAGUAAUUACUUUUUUAUGCCUGUUGGUAGUUAUAUGGGAAUAGAGUGCCUGAUUGAAGUUUUCUCAUUAGUGUUGGCAGUUUGAAAUGCAUGCAAAUGUUUGGUUCAUAAUUAUGUUUGAUGAUGAGAGUGUUAUUGUAUACUCCUGUCUGGCAUGAUUUUCUCCUUAUGAUGCUUCAAAUGGAAAAGGGGAGACAAAAUUGUGUUGUAGCAUGCAUGGUUUGUUCAUUAACUGUCAACAGAAGAUUUCCUGUUACUUGUAUCUUAGAAACUGUGAUGCAUCAUCAUCAUGCAUAGAUAAAUAAUAAUGGGCAGUCAGUAGAUAGCGUAUGCUUAUUGUUUACUUGAA